CUUCUAUCCACAGGAAGCAGAAAGCACAGAGCUGCAUGCAGCAUAACAAGUCUACAAUUUGGGGGAAAUAUACUGGCACACAGUGAUGAGGGUCAGCACACAAAUUUUGUUUGCAUGGUUGCUGUUCUGCUGGACCCUAAAAGGACCUGCUGCAGAUACAUCUGUUCCAUCAUCUUCAUCAUCACCACCAUCAUCAUUCUCAACUGCUCCUCCAUUGAAAACUAAGAGGAGGGAGGAAUCGUCAACAGUAACAUGGACCACAACUAUCCAGACCUCAUUUACCCAACCUGCCCCAUCACCUGUUGAUGUGACCACUACAAAUUCAGCUCAAUCCAUCAAUGAUGCUGAUGCCACCUCUACAGUUUCUACUCAAUCCACAGACCUCGUGACAGCCAGGAUUGGACAAGCCAAAACCAGUCCUGUAGUCGAUACAUCUUCAUCUGCCACAUCCCCAUCUACCAAAGCGCAGCCCACUACUCUAGGGCCUGACCCAACAUCUGUGACCCAGACCACACCAGCCACCAUCACAACCACCACAGCUACCAACAGCAUCAACAGUAGCUCUUUAAAUACAGAAACUGUCUCUUUCAACCAGAAUUCCUCAGCUGCUCCUCCAUUGAAAACUAAGAGGAGGGAGGAAUCGUCAACAGUAACAUGGACCACAACUAUCCAGACCUCAUUUACCCAACCUGUCCCAUCACCUGUUGAUGUGACCACUACAAAUUCAGCUCAAUCCAUCAAUGAUGCUGAUGCCACCUCUACAGUUUCUACUCAAUCCACAGACCUCGUGACAGCCAGGAUUGGACAAGCCAAAACCAGUCCUGUAGUCGAUACAUCUUCAUCUGCCACAUCCCCAUCUACCAAAGCGCAGCCCACUACUCUAGGGCCUGACCCAACAUCUGUGACCCAGACCACACCAGCCACCAUCACAACCACCACAGCUACCAACAGCAUCAACAGUAGCUCUUUAAAUACAGAAACUGUCUCUUUCAACCAGAAUUCCUCAGGUAUACUGUUGUGCUGUGCAGUAACAGCCGUAUUAUCUUCAUCACCACCCUCAACAACAACCAGUGUUCAUCAAAUCAAAAUUCCAACUCCAUCUACAAAAGAAUCCACCAGCAACACAGCUUUCACCCCAACAACAGCCAGGAAUGAGGAAAGCAGCACUCAUCACUUGACAACUUCAUCAGAAGCCUUUUCUACCUCCUCUUCUUCCCCUUCAUCAUCCCCGUCUUCCACAUAUAUCCCAACUUCAGACCAGGAUUCUAGGACCACCGCCACCAGCAUAACCAGCCCCAGCAACACCACUAGCACUACACAAACCAGCACUGCAACUGCCACCCAGCCCAACAGCACCACCACCAGUUCCAACACCAGCACUACUAAUAGCACCAACACCAGUACCACCACCAGCGCGACUACUUACAAUAGUACCAGCACCAACGGCAUCACCACCAGUUCCAACACCAGCACUACUAAUAGCACCAACACCAGUACCACCACCAGCGCGACUACUUACAAUAGUACCAGCAGCAACGGCAGCACCACCAGUUCCAACACCAGCACUACUAAUAGCACCAACACCAGUACCACCACCAGCGCGACUACUUACAAUAGUACCAGCAGCAAUGGCAGCACCACCAGCACCACCACCAAUACCACCCAAACCACCACCCUGGUAGAAGAGGGACACAAGUCUGAGGCUCUGAGCUCAGGAAGUACUGCCGCCAUUGUUUUUGUGUUCAUCUUAACUGUCAUCCUAGUGUUAGGUGGGGUGUACUACUAUAAGUUCCGACGUACAUCCUACGGUCCUCUUCUGGACAACGAGCACAGCACUUUGGGAAACUUCACCAACCCAAUGUAUGACGCCUGAAUUGUAACUUUUCACCUUGUAAACCCAAAGUCCUCAGUCUGCAGAAGGAGCCAUUGUGAUGUAGCUUGAUUCAACUCAACUGCCAAACAAAUCUGAUUGUUUCUUUUGAUCUUUCUUCAAGUAGCCUCAUUUUUAUUGCUAGGUACAGUAAACAUGAAAGGAAAUAAAAUUACUCAGGUAGCAACAGCGCAUAAUCACAUUACCACCACGGAAAGGACAGGUUAAAUCACAGCGCAAAUAAGUGUGUUCAUCAGAGGUGUCGUGAAAAAGUACAGAAGGAGCAGAUUAUGUGAACUCAACCAGGUUGUUUUAGUAAAAAAGCUCAAACAUAAUCAAAACUCUACUUUGUUGUAAAUAAGAUGAUUAAAAACAGUAUUAAGGCGUGACCGAAGACCUGACAAUCUGCGAGCUGCAAUGGAUAAAAAGUAUUACUACAGAGAACAGGGCUGUCAAAAUUUGUGAUUUAUAAAGUUAAAAAAUGCUUAAUUUUCUGCAAGAAUACACAUGAAGUGCAAAUAAUGUACAGUAGAUUUACAUCAUAACGCAAAAUGUUUCUUUUCUAAUCAUGGACUGUUCUCACAGGCACCUGCUGAGAUACUUUUUCAAUGCUUAAACUUGGACAUUAUGAGAUUUUCAGAAUUUCCUUUAAACCGGGAAGUAUAGACGUGUCAACAUUACCUAGGACAACCAAGAAAGGAGGCUAACGUACAGAAAAUGUUUCAUUCAUUAAUUUUCAACUGUGGAAAAGUGUGUUUUUCCAUCCAGAGACUUGGAUCACAUGCAUUCCGUUAAAAAGUUAAAAUGACUUGUUUUCAUAUUACAAACUGAACGGUUCCGAGGCAGAGGAAGACUGGAGCAAAAGGUUCAAGUCCUUUGCUGAGCCUGACCUUUGACCUCCCUGUGGAAGAACCAAAAAAAACAAAUUUCCUUACUGCAGACAUUUGUAGGCAACCGGAAUUCAUAGGAAAACAAAUCAGAAAAUCUCACUUACAUUAAAUGUGGCCAUAAAAUGUGGGGUGGGGAAUUGUGUCUCUAUAGCACCCGAUCAACUUCAACUAUUAUUUUGUUUGUUUUUUAUUGAAUGUUAUUAAUGUGAUGCUUUUUUUCAUGUUCUAGUGUGAUUUUGCUCUGCUUAGCAGCUCAGGCUGCAUCUGUGAUUGUAAUUGGCACUCCUUAAGUGUUUGAUAUAGUAUUGUUUGCAUUCAGGUGAAGAAUAAAGUGACUCUUUUGAUGUUUUUGACACAAUUAUUUUGUGUUAUAUGAUUGUAUUAAAUUGUUUGUGGAAUAAAAGUGAAUAAGGAAUGAA